UUUUCCUCUAUUCGUUUAUCGCUCUCUCUCUUCCCGAAAAUCCCUCUCAAUCUUCCUCGAAUCUCUUUGGAUUUCAAUCAAAUCCACAAACAAAACAACACCCAAUAAAAAGUUUUUGAUUCUUUGAGGUUUUUCCUGUAGUUCCUAUGGGAUCUGGUAUCUCGUCUUUUCUUGCUAUGUGCAACACACCCUCUGCUCCGGCGGUGGCGCCGGAAACGGGUCUGGGUGAUUUGCCGGAGAGUGUGGUGGGUUCUGUUCUUGUGCACUUAAACCCACAAGAGAUCUGUAGGCUCGCGGCUCUUAAUCGUGCUUUUCGUGGUGCUUCGUCGGCUGAUUUUGUGUGGGAAUCGAAAUUGCCUGAGAAUUAUGAGUCUGUGAUAUCCAGGGUGUUUGAUGAAUUCCCUUCUGAUUUGUGCAAAAAGGAUAUUUAUGCCAUAUUAUCUCGACCUAAUUCCAUUGAUGGAAACACAAAGAAAGUUUGGUUGCAUAAGGGCACAGGAAAGCCUUGUGUGUUGACGUCUUUUAACGGCUUAUCCAUAACUGGCAUUGAUGAUCGUAGAUACUGGAGCCGGAUUUCUACCGAGGAAUCUAGAUUUCGUUCUGUGGCCUAUCUGCAGCAAAUUUGGUGGUUUGAAGUUGACGGAGAGGUUGAGUUCCCGUUCCCAGUAGGAACAUACAGCCUCUACUUCCGGCUGCAGCUGGGGCGGUCGGAGAAAAGGUUUGGGCGAAGGGUCUGCAACUCGGCGCAUGUUCAUGGGUGGGACAUAAAACCGGUGAGAUUCCAGCUUUCAACUUCAGAUGGUCAACAAGCAAUAUCUCAAUGCUACUUGACACAACCGGGGACAUGGAAUCUUUAUCGUGUUGGGAGUUUUGUUGUUGAGGAUUCAAAGAUACCGAUGAAGAUCAAGUUCUCUAUGAUGCAGAUUGAUUGUACACACACUAAAGGUGGACUGUGUGUGGAUGGAGUCCUGAUAUGCCCAAAAUGAAAUGGGUUUUUUGAUUUACCAUUAAUAGAUGGAGAGGUAGGGGUUAGAAGCAGUGUUUUUGAUGUGCAAUAACCUGUGUAGAUAAAGAGGGUAUGUUAUGAAGUGGUGGAUAGAUUAGGAGUAUGAAAGCAGUGUUUUUGAAAUCAACAACUUUCAAGUUAUUUUGGUAAUAUUUAUAUAUGCUAAAUAUAUUCUUUCAAUU